UCUCGUCAUCACUUGCUCACUCUUCACCUAAUCACCCUCCACCAACCCCAACAUUACUACCCAAGUACCUCAACGUUACGCAGCCUCUACUGUGCCCCGUGACUUGAACCUUCUCCAUGGCAAUGCACCUUGCCAGCAUGGUACACGGCAGCGUACGGGAGCGUGAGGCGUUCCAGCAUCCACCGCAGUCGGCCUACUACCAGCAACCGCAGCCUCGUGGGUAUCCCGUGUCGACUACUGUUGCGCCCACUCUCUACACCGCACACCCACAGCAGGUUGAGUACCAGUACCAGCGACAACGGCCUCAGUCACCGCCAUCGCCACCCGCAGAGGAGCAGAAGCUGUCGCUGCCUUCAAUUUCGAGUCUCCUCGAAUUUGCCGGUGGUGAGAAGCCUGCUUCAGAAGCUGCCGCUGGGAGCCCUCAAUCACAACACAGACAGUCAUCUUCGCCACAGCUGAGACAGACGCAACAACAACAGAACACUGGCACAAUGCAAAGGCCACAGCAACCUUCAACCUACGUUGCAGCCCCAACAGUUACAAGCAACACUCGAAUGACACUUCCCCCUACGCCACCAAUGCACCCUGAUGCUGCUGGCGACGGUCAACGGUCGCCCUCCUCUGCUUCUACUCACUCUGCUGCCUCAGCAGCUUACUUUAUGGGCGCAUCGCUCAACAACAUGGAGCCCCACCAACAGCGUCAAGCCCUGUCGUCAAUGCCACCUAUGAAGCGGGACUCACUCCCAUCGCACUCGAUGUCUCCCUACAGCGGCUCAAUGUACGCUCAGUCGCCCUACCAGUCGUCUCCAGGUAACGCAUCAGCGACCUCGUUCUACUCGCCUGAGCAGCACUCCUACAACAACGCCAGCAUGUAUGCUCAACGACCGCUACCUUCGAACUACCAACCCACAAUGCCGCUGCCAAUGCCCCAACCCACCGUCUCGGCCACUGGCACAAACCCCUGGCAACACCACCACUACAUCAGCACAUCCAGCCAGUCCGCAUUUCCUCAGUCCCAGGACCGAUACAUCUGUUCGACCUGCAAUAAGGCCUUCUCGCGGCCAAGCAGCCUGCGCAUUCACAGUCACAGCCACACUGGCGAGAAGCCUUACAAGUGCCCUCAGGCAGGAUGUGGCAAGGCCUUCAGCGUGCGAAGUAACAUGAAGCGCCACGAGCGAGGGUGUCACGCUUCGACCAGCACAACCAUCACGACAUAACGACUCAAAAGCUAAUCUCGACUGUCAUAUCUCUACCGGCGUUGUUUGGCUUAGCCUCAGUUGCCAAUAAUGUAUACUUGGA